GCGUGAAGCGUACUUUGACCUGGACGUGCUCCUGUUUCAGCAUUAAAUAGUCCCUAUGGCAGGAGGAGAGAUUCGUGCGCGGCCCGGCAGAGGAGGAGGCGAAGGCGCCAUUUUGUUCUGUGCUCGGAUCCUGUAACGGAAGCGGGUUGAAGGCUUCGCCCGAGACGCCGAGCCGGCAGCCUCUGUCUCCUUCCUUCUUUUUCUUUUUACGUACUUUGCUUUCUUUCCCUUCCGCCGUCUUAGCUCGCUUUUGUCCGCGUACACGAUCAGACUUUGGAGGUCAUGGCAGAUGUCGAUAAACUGAACAUCGACAGCAUCAUCCAGCGGCUGCUAGAAGUAAGAGGAUCGAAGCCUGGAAAAAAUGUUCAACUUCAAGAAAAUGAAAUUAGAGGAUUAUGUCUAAAGUCUCGAGAAAUCUUUCUCAGCCAGCCAAUUUUAUUGGAACUUGAAGCACCUCUUAAAAUUUGUGGUGAUAUUCAUGGACAAUAUUAUGAUCUACUACGUCUCUUUGAAUACGGUGGAUUUCCCCCAGAAAGCAACUACUUGUUUCUCGGUGACUAUGUGGAUCGAGGGAAACAGUCCUUGGAAACAAUUUGUCUCCUUUUGGCAUACAAAAUAAAAUAUCCAGAGAAUUUCUUUCUUCUUCGGGGAAAUCAUGAGUGUGCUAGCAUUAACAGAAUCUAUGGCUUUUAUGAUGAAUGCUUCAAUUGCUUGCCAAUAGCUGCCAUAGUAGAUGAGAAGAUUUUCUGCUGUCAUGGAGGUUUAUCACCCGACCUUCAAUCAAUGGAACAAAUUAGGAGAAUCAUGCGUCCUACUGAUGUACCAGACCAGGGUCUUCUCUGUGACCUACUUUGGUCUGACCCGGACAAAGAUGUUUUAGGCUGGGGUGAAAACGACCGUGGUGUAUCAUUCACUUUUGGGGCAGAAGUUGUGGCGAAAUUCCUUCACAAACACGACUUGGAUCUCAUUUGUCGAGCUCAUCAGGUAGUUGAAGAUGGAUAUGAAUUUUUUGCCAAACGCCAAUUGGUAACGCUCUUCUCGGCCCCCAACUACUGUGGAGAGUUUGACAAUGCUGGAGCAAUGAUGAGUGUAGAUGAAACCUUAAUGUGCUCCUUCCAGAUUCUAAAACCCGCAGAGAAAAAGAAGCCCAAUGCAAGCCGACCCGUAACACCACCACGAGGCAUGGUCACAAAACAGGCAAAAAAAUGAGGUUCUCUGGGCCUGCUUGGACUUGUAUUAUAGUAUAUAAUCGCUUUUUUAUUUUAAACUGUGUAACUUGUACUGGUCCGUUCAUCCAUUUAGAUGUUGGUGGCUCUUUUUUUUUUUUUUUCUUCUUAAAGAAUUGUAUUUGCUACGAUGCUUUACUAUUCUGUUUUUUCUUUUCAAUCUGAAAUUCAAACCUGUUCUGUUGCUUCAAUAUGGUUUCCUUUUUAUGCCAGUGUUUCUGUACACUCCAAUCUGUAUCUUCAUUAUUCAUGUAGCUUUGUACAAUUCACAUUAUUUGUAAAUGCUCGUUUACUACUUUAGUACUUAAAGAUGGCACUCGCAGGCUGGUCAGACUAGGAAUGUCACCGCUAUAAUUUUGCAUCUUGUUUAUACAAACCACUGUGAACUUUUAUUUUUUUCUGUUUUUUAAAGGGAUUUUCUUUUAACGUCAGGUCCACACUUGUAUAGCUAUUAAUAUUGGAAAGGUCUCCCUUUGAAUUUACCAGCAUCACUGGUUUGAUGUACAUUUAAUUAAAGCACAUUUUAUUUCUGUACUGUAUUCUUUAAAUGAAAUUAAAGCCAUUAUUUUAACUGUUGUCUUUUCACUUCCUGAAACUUGCAUCGAUCAGUGUACUGCCCAUGUCUUCCACAGCAAUGAAGAUGGAUUUACGUCUGUAGUGUUUGCAUGGUAAUUGAAAAAUAAAGGAAGCAUGCUUCUCUAGACAUACCAAUACACUUCCUUAUGGCGUUACAUAACUUUUAUUUUUGUUUUAUGUCAUGAAAGACAUAAUUACCACUAACAAGAGAUACCAGAAUUGGGACAUGCCAAAGUUGUCACUUUAAAUGUUAACCAGCCUUUUUUUAUUUCCUAAUAAAGAAACUUGUUUGAG